UAUAUUGCAAGUCUUUCGGCUUUCUAAGCAACAAUCCAUCAGAAAAUAAUCCGCCAAAAAAAUUUCCAGUUGUGUCAUAAGUCUCCAUUUCCCGUUCAAGACCAUGACAACAAUACCUGAAGAAAACGUUCGAGUAGAAGGAUCGCAUGAGCCAUCCCCAACCUCCACCACAACAGAUGCAUCACAACCUCAUCAACCUUCUAUGCAGGCACCACCAUCGGAAGAAGACGCUAAGAAAUGGGGCACGUACGUCAUGGGGCCGCCAGCAGCCCCAGCUGUUCACCCUGACAACCAGAAGGCAGCUUUAUGGCGUGCCAGUGAGCAGCAAAUCUAUGAGCUUCCCUACCUCGUUUAUUCCCCUGCAGAAAAACCAAGCCACAAUCCUUUUGAACCUGUGAUUAACAUGUUCAAUUCCUGGAGUAGAAAGGCCGAGACCAUAGCACGCGACAUCUGGCACAACCUUAAAACUGGACCGUCUGUGUCUGAAGCAGCAUGGGGUAAAGUAAACCUGACAGCAAAAGCAAUAACAGAGGGUGGGUUUGAGUCUCUCUUCAAGCAGAUUUUUGGAACUGACCCAAAUGAAAAGUUGAAGAGGACGUUCGCCUGUUACCUCUCUACAACAACUGGCCCUGUUGCUGGAACCCUCUAUUUAUCAACUGCUCGGGUAGCCUUCUGCAGUGAUCGUCCCUUAUCCUUCACUGCUCCAUCAGGUCAGGAGACUUGGAGCUACUACAAGAUUAUGAUACCUUGGGCGAAUAUAGGCACGGUUAAUCCUGUGGUCAUGAAGGAAAAUCCACCGGAGAAGUACAUCCAGAUUGUUACCGUCGAUGGUCAUGAUUUCUGGUUGAUGGGAUUUGUUAAUUUUGAGAAAGCAUCGUUUCACCUUUCAAACGGCGUGAAAGAUUUCAAGGCAACCCAGAAUGCAGCGAAACCAGUAGUUGCGUAGUGGAAGAACGUUAUUCCCCUCUUGGACCUUUAUAUUUGUACUCGUAGAAAUUUUGGUUUUCUAAAUCAUUUGUUAUAAUUUUUGUUUUCCUUCUGUCGAGAGUUGGGGGUUUUUCUUGGCUCGUGUCUUUUUUCUACAUAUUUGUUUGUUUAUCUAUGUGUGGAGAUGACAUCUCCGCUGUUGUCAAUCUGUGUUUCAAUAUAUUCAAUGAAACUUUCUGUCUAUUCCAUUUACUUUAGAAA